AUGGUCGUUCGUUUCCGUGUAUCAAUUGGUGGCUCUUCAGAUUGUCGAACCUUUGGAACACUUUAUUGCAUACCUUACAUACGUAAUUUUUCACCGGUAUCGAAUGAAGGCGAUGAGGCAAUAAAAGCAGCAAUAAGAUAUGGCGGCGAAAUAAGGACUGUGGUUGAUGACGGGAAAGCAAUCAAAAAAUGGUUCGAAUGUACGGUAUGCAAUAAACCAUUCAAAUGGUCCAGCGAUCUGCAGAGACAUAAAUUGAUGCACGGAAAAGAACGACCAUUCAAAUGUCACGUGUGCAAUAAAACAUUCAAAGAGUCUCGCGUUCUGAAGAAUCACAAUUUGACGCACAGAAACGAACGACCAUUCAGAUGUUACGUGUGCAGUGCAACAUUCAGAAGGUCGGACAAUUUAAAGAGACACUGUUUGACUUACGGAAAACUGAGGAGACACAAUUUGACGCAUGGAAACGUUCGGUUAUUCGAAUGUGGAAUUUGUGGUAGGAAAUUCAAUCAGAAAGCUAAAAACAUUUCGCUAAAAGAGCUCGCCGAAUUCCUCAUUCAGCCAUUUUUCGAUCAUGUAUCUGUCAUAUUAUUUGAUAGAGCUUGUUUUGCCGCUGUACGUUGCGCAAAUAACGGUAUAAACAAAUCAUUUUGGGUUAUUUCAAAUGAAGGCGAUGAGGCAAUAAAAGUAGCAAUAAAAAAUGACGCCGGAAUUGAGGCUAUGGCAAGUGACAGUAAAGCAAACGAAAAACGGUAUAAGUGUGAAGAAUGCAAUAAGCAAUUCGGAUCUUCAGGCAAUGUGAAACGCCAUAAGGUGAUACAUGCCGAUGAAAAAAAUUACAUAUGUAAGAAUGGCCCGUACAUGGUCAGUACUAUUCAUGGCAAAAUGGAUAACAUUGUUGUGACGGUAUCAAACGAUCAGCGAAUACAAGAAGGGAUAGAGAAGGAGGGCAAAAUAAAGACUGUGACUAAUAACAGUGAAGUAAACAAAAAACGGUACCAAUGUAAGGUAUGCGGUGUGCUAUUCGCACGUUCAGGUACUCUAGCAAACCAUAAGAUGAUACAUAUCGAUGAAAAAAAUUACAAAUGUGAGAUAUGCAAUAAAACAUUCAAAUGGUCCGGUAAUCUGAAGAAACACAAUUUGACCCACGGAAACGUACGACCAUUCAAAUGUCACGUGUGCAAUAAAGCAUUCAAACGGUCCGACGAAUUGAAGAAACACAUAUUAACGCAUGGAAACGUGCGGCCAUUCGAAUGUAAAGUAAGUGGUUGGAAUUUCACUCAGAAACGUAAUUUGAAUAGAAAUAUGAAAAUGCAUGAAAGUUCAGGUGAAAGGCUUGCGGUAUCAAAUGAAGGCGAUGAGGCAAUACAAGCAGCAAUAAGUAAUAACGACGAAAUAAGGACUGUGUCUGAUGACGGGAAUUCAAUCAAAAAAUGGUUCGAAUGCAAGAUAUGCAAUAAACCGUUCAAAUGGUCCUGCGAUCUGGAGAGACAUAAAUUGAUGCACGGAAACGAAAAAUUCAAAUGUGAAGUGUGCGAUAAAGCAUUCAAUCAGAAUUCACAUCUGAAGAGACACAAAUUCACGCACGGAAACGAACGACCAUUCAAAUGUGAAGUGUGCGAUAAAGCAUUCAAUCAGAAUUCACAUCUGAAGAGACACAAAUUCACGCACGGAAACGAACGACCAUUCAAAUGUGAAGUAUGCGAUAAAGCAUUCAAUCAGAAUUCAAAUCUGAAGAAACACAAAUUGACGCACGGAAACGAACGACCAUUCAAAUGUUACAUGUGCAAUAAAACAUUCAAACGGUCCGGCGAUUUGAAGAAACACAAUUUGGUGCACAGGAACGAACGGCCAUUCGAAUGUCACAUGUGUAAUAAAACAUUCAAGGGGUCCCUCGUUCUGACGAGACACAAUUUGACUCACGGAAACGAACGGCCAUUCAAAUGUUACGUGUGCAAUAAAGCAUUCAAAUGGUCCGGCAAUCUAAGGGAACACCAAUUGACGCACGGAAACGAACGACCAUUCGAGUGCCACAUGUGCAAAAAAAUAUUCAAAGGAUCCGGGAGUUUGAAGAGACACGUAUCGAUGCACGGAAACGAACGACCAUUUAAAUGUCACAUGUGCAAUAAAACAUUCAAAGUAUCCCAAAAUCUGAAGAUGCACAUAUUGACGCAUGGAAACGAACGACCAUUUAAAUGUCACAUGUGCAAUAAAACAUUCAAAGUAUCCCAAAAUCUGAAGAUGCACAUAUUGACGCAUGAAAACGGGCGGCCAUUCGAAUGUGAA